AUGAAUUCUAAGGUAAGAAAUGAUAAAAUUGUUCACGUUAAAAAACAACUUUUAAAUGAAACUCAGCUUUUGAUAAUUGGUGCCGUGGCUGCAAUUGCACUUGCUCUUGGACUUGGUAUCAUCAUUGGCCAUUUCGCAGUAACUAAGACAACAAGUGAUACGUCUUGGAAGUAUAAUCAUCUCACAAAACCAGCUGAUCAACAAAAUUAUCAAAUAUUUAUUGAUUCUAUUCAAGCAGCUAAUAUUGAAGCAAAUCUUAAAGAUCUUACUUCACGUCCUCAUAUGGCUGGUCUACCUGAAGAUUUAGAAAGUGCUCAAGUCAUUGAACAACGAUGGAUAAAUGAUGGUUUACAAGUGACUAAACCAAAAUAUAAUGUUCUUCUUUCUUAUCCUGAUGAUAAUAAUC